AUGUCUUCACGACAGUUGCAAAAAGCCAUAGAGAACCCAACUCUUGAGCUCAAAAUUGUAUCAGCUAGUGAGGUCAGCCAUAACGAUGUCACGGACAAAAUGGACGUAUACGCCGUCGUUUCAAUCAACGGCGACGACACCACUCAACCAAAACAAGCGGCGAAAACACCCAUCGACUACGACGGUGGUUCCAAUCCGACGUGGAAUCACACCGUGAAGUUCUCCAUCAACGAGAGAGAAGCCAACGAAGGCCUAUCGAAUAUUAAGGUCGAGUUAUUUAGCUAUUGGCUCGAAGGCAAAGAUGAUCUUUAUCUAGGAGAAGUCAACGUCUCGGUUCGGGAGAUUCUUGCCUCUAAACCGUUUGCUAACGGUAGCGUCAACAAAAUGAAGUCAUUGACUUGUCCUAUCAAAGUCACAGAAGGAGGAAGUGCCAAAGCAACGAUAAGCCUCUUGUACCGAUUUAAACCGGUACCAGUUGAAGAACCGUGCCUUCCGGAACCGGUCAAUUCUCCAUCGAUUGGUCAACCUGUUUAUCCAAAACCGGAUCAAGCAAUACAAGGUCAGCCUGUAGUAUUCUCUCCUCGGUUUCAAUCUUCCACGGGAAAACUGAUUCUUGAGGUCGUGAUCAAAUACGCCAAAGACAUCGAAGAUGUCAACGCUUUCUCAGUGAUGGACGUAUAUGCAUCUGUUGCCAUCCUUAAGGACAGGAAGGUUAAAAAUCGGAUUAAUACACCUAUAGCUGUCUUCGCCAAUACAAACCCAAAAUGGAACCAGGCGAUGAAGUUUUGUCUCGACGAGAAGUUAGCUCAAGAAGGACGUUUGAUCCUCCUCGUUGAACUGAUGAGCCACAGGCCUUUUCUUGGUGAUAAAGAAAUCGGUUUCGUUAGAAUUCCGAUUAAACAGCUCUUGAGCUCAAACCCAUCAACUUCCUUGACCAACGGUGAUGCUAACGGUAUGAGGUUCGAGACGCACGCUUUGACUGGUCCUUACGGGUUAAAAGGUGUCGUGAGCUUCACGUAUAGGUUCCUUGCGGAACAAGCUACGGUUUCAACUGUUCCACAACCAUCUACAACGUCUCAAGUUCAACCAUAUAUUAUGUAUCUACCGCCACAAUCAUACGCGUCGUCGGAUCCGAUUCAGGUGGCCUCGAGUUACAUGACUGUUCAACCAGGUGGUUUAAAUGCUGGGCCAAGCAACGGUCUAGUACCAAUAUAUAUGCCGCCAACAUAUCAGUCACAUGGAUACCAACAAUAUUCACCACGGCACCCGUUACCACCGCAACAACAUUCGCAGCUUAAACCCCUGCCUCAUCAGCCAUUCCCUCAGGCACUACAGGAUACACAAGAAGCGUAA